AGCAGGCCCCAGGCUCCUGGCCUCACUGCUGCUGGCCCAGCGGCGCCACCGGACACCAGCUUCCCAGAAUCUCAGGAAUUCCUGGAUGACGGUGACAUCAACACAGUAGAGGGCACUGACCAAGCACUUCUGACCUGCCAGGCUCUGCGGGGGCAGGUGACGCACUGUGAUGAUGAAGACCCCAUGGGGUGGCGUCCCAGGGCUGCUGCCACUGCUGCUCCUGGGUCUGCUCAAUGUCUUCCAGGCCCAGAGCAGCUGCCCCGGAGACCCGGCCAUCCCUGGCAUCCCGGGCAUCCCUGGGGCACCCGGCUCUGAUGGUCAACCUGGGACCCCAGGGACAAAGGGAGAGAAAGGCCUCCCAGGGCUAGCUGGAGACCAUGGUGAGUUCGGAGAGAAGGGGGACCCAGGGAUUCCCGGGAAUCCAGGAAAAGUCGGCCCCAAGGGUCCUGUUGGCCCGAAAGGUACCCCAGGCCCUCCUGGACCCCCCGGCCCAAAGGGGGAAUCGGGAGACUACAAGGCCACCCAGAAAAUCGCCUUCUCGGCCCUGAGAACCACGAACAGUAUCUUGCGACGGGACCAGACCAUCCGCUUCGAGACCGUGGUCACCAACACCAACAACAACUACGAGCCCCGCAGCGGCAAGUUCACCUGCAGGGUGCCCGGCCUCUAUUACUUCACCUACCACGCCAGUUCCCGUGGCAACCUGUGCGUCAACCUGGUCCGGGGCCGCGAGCGCAUGCAGAAGGUGGUCACCUUCUGCGACUAUGCCUACAACACCUUCCAGGUGACCACGGGUGGCGUAGUCCUCAAGCUGGAGCAGGGGGAAAGCGUCUUCCUGCAGGCCACCGACAAGAACUCCCUGCUGGGCAUCGAGGGCGCCAACAGCAUCUUCUCUGGGUUCCUGCUCUUCCCAGAUGUGGAGGCGUGACCCAGGGGGCUGUGCUCGCCCAGCCAGCCUGGCCUCCAGGAACUCCCUGCCUGGCCAGAGUGCUCUGGGAACGCUGCUGAAUGAGUCAAUAAACUCUUCUAGGCUGAGGGA